CUUUAUAAACAUUAUGUGGUUUGUCGUCAACUUCAAAAAAGACAACACAGUUGACGUUGUACCAAGUAGUUGGUACAAAAAUGGGCUGUGUGCUUGGCCAAUAAAAUGUUCCAAUACCAAAAAAAUUGUUCAAAAAAAAUUUCCACCAAACAAAAAAGACUUCAAAUGGCAUAUUGCUAGAAAGCUGGGAUCCUGUUAUGAUACAUAUGAAGAAGCGAAAUACAAGGCUAAAAUUGCUCAAGAAUCUUCUGAUCUAUCAGGAACUGAAUAUAUAUUAAAAGACCGUAAAGUAAGAGCCAAAAUGAUUGAUAAUUCACCAUCACCAUCACCAAAAAAAAAAGCUAUUAAAAGUCCACCUGAUAUAUUUUUGAACAAAGAUUUAGUUAGUGAAUGUGAAUCAAAUGAUGACUCAGAUUUAGAUCCAGAUUAUGCCUUACACAUAGCAGAUACAAGUCAAAUAUUUUUAAAUUAUGAUAAUGCCGAUGAUAACUCUCCAAAUGAAAAAUCUUUGACCACAACAAAAACAAUAUCAGAUUCUAAACUAUUGAAACCACAAAAAAAGUUCCUAAGCUAUACCCAACCUACUAAAGGUUCAAAAUCCAACCAUUUAUUUGAUGCCUCAUCAUAAAUAGAAAUAAGAUCACCUCAAUUGCAGUGCACUUUUCCAAUAAAAAGAAAACUUUUUGAUGAUGAACAAGAAUCUUUCAAAUCAAAUGAUUUUUUCAAGACAUCAUAUUUUGAGCAAAGUACUAGUAAAAAAAUGCCUGAUGAAGAGUUAUCCCUUCCUUUGAAAACAUCUUCUAAUA